CUCAAUCUAUAUCUACUCCCACUACAUAGUGAGGCAUUUUAACAAAUAGGUACGGGGCGUUAGCUCACUCACCUCGGUCAUGGUGAACUCCAAGGUUCCCUUUUCCCUGCUCCUCGUCGUGGGGUUCCUGCUCUGUUGCGGCCAGGUCCAGGUCGGUGCCAGGCGGCGUCCGCGACCGGCGGCAGCGACGCAGUUCCUGCGUUCGCAGAACGCGGCGAGGGCGGCGGUUGGGCUGCCGCCGCUGUCGUGGGACGCGCGGCUGGCGCGGUACGCGGCGGCGUACGCGGGGGCGCGGCGGCGGGACUGCGCGCUGGUGCACUCGAGCGGGCCGUACGGGGAGAACAUCUUCUGGGGGAGCGGAGCGCGGUGGCGCCCGGCGCAGGCGGCGGCCGCCUGGGUCCGCGAGCGGCGCUGGUACCACUACGGCUCCAACUCCUGCUCCGGCCGCGAGUGCGGCCACUACACGCAGAUCGUGUGGCGGAGCACCCGCCGCCUGGGCUGCGCCAUGGUCGAGUGCUCCGCCCGGCGAGGGGUCUUCGCGGUGUGCGAAUACGACCCACCGGGCAACUACAUCGGCGAGAAGCCUUAUUAACCGCCAAGUUUUCCCCGCUGUAAAUGCCUCAAAGAUCGCCUAAUCCAUCUCAAUACUCGUUCAAUUUGAGCCCUCGAUUCUCGCAUCGUCCAUAAAUUCGAUCAAUUGUGGAAUAAAAUUGGAAUCCAACGGCGACAGGUGGUCGGUGAUCUUCACUCGGUGGCACCAGCAAUUGUAGUUGGCGUUGUAAUGAAGUUACAGAGUAGCAUGUGAAUGUUGGGAGUUGGGACCAAUAAACUUAAAUUUUGGGCUUUAAAUGCUUAAUAAUCUC